AAUUGACGAAUUGAACAAAAGGCAACACGAACAAGAAAAGGAUAUUAAGAAAAUACUGGAGCACGUAUCGAGAAUGGAUGUCACUUCGGAGGAAGCUUAUACAAAAAACGUUGAGAUUUUACAAAAUUGGACAACAAUUCUCCGACGAAUGGAUGGUUCUGUCAAUUUUUACCGUAGUUGGAGUCAAUUUGUAAAAGGCUUUGGAAAUCCACCUAAUGGCGAAUUCUUCAUUGGACUAGACAAAUUGCAUAAAUUAACGACAACUGUUCCCGAUGUCGAAUUAAAAGUGAUUUUAAAAGAUUGGGAGGGUGAAGAACGUUAUGCCAUCUAUGAUGGCUUUCGAAUUGCUGAUAAAUCAGAAAAAUACGAACUGAUGUUGCUAGGCAAUUAUAGCGGAAAUGCUGGUGAUGCAAUGACAUACAGUAAAGGACAGAAGUUUACUACCUUUGAUGAGGAUAAUGACAAGAAAAAUGACGGUAAUUGUGCCUAUGUUUAUAAAGGUAACUGGUGGUAUAACAAUUGUUUUCACAG